AUGACACGUCAAACUGUUCCCAACCUCUCCCGUCACACCGACCUCACCGGUAACAGUCACGGCGCCGGUUCUGCUCCUGCAUCCGCACCCGUCCGCAGCGGCCAUGUUCCGUACAACGUCCGGGAGGCACCCUUCGGAGCGCCCAAGCAUCUCCGCAUCGUAACCAUCGGCGCCGGAGCCAGCGGCCUCAACAUGAUCCGGACCUUGCGCAACACCCUGCCGCCCUCCUCCUUCGACAAUGUCGUGUACGAAAAGAACGCGGACAUCGGGGGCACCUGGUUCGAGAACCGCUACCCGGGCUGCAAGUGUGACGUGCCGUCUCAUAAUUACCAGUUCUCCUGGAGGAAGAACCCCGAAUGGUCCAGCUUCUUCGCGGCGGCCGGCGAGAUCGAGGCCUACCUAUGCAAGCUGUGCGACGACGAGGGCAUGCGUGCGGCGAUCAAGACGUCGCACAAGAUCCUGGGAGCCGCCUGGUCUGAACCGAAGGCUAUCUGGGAGCUGCAAGUUCAGAACUUGACGACGGGUGACACCUUCUCCGAUUACGCCAACUUCCUCAUCGAUGCCUCCGGCAUUCUAAACAAGUGGAAGUGGCCCAGCGUACCGGGUGUCAAAGAUUUCAAGGGCGCUCUCGUUCACACAGCAGCAUGGCCUGAAAACUUUGACUUCAAGGACAAGACCGUUGCUGUUAUCGGCAACGGCGCGUCCGGCGUCCAGGUUCUGCCAGCGAUUUUGCCUCCUACUAUGAAGAUGGGUCGCGCCGCUCCCAUCAUCAACCAGAUUGGGCUUGAUGAGCAGGAGAACUUUACUCCCGCCCAGAUCGAACGGUUCAAGUCUGAUCCCGCCUUUCUCGAGCAAUUCACCCAGGCUCUCGAGAUGGACUCGAACAUCAAGUUCGCCAUUGCUUUGAUGAAAGACAGCCCCCAGCAGCAAUGGGCUGCAGGCAAGGUCCGCGAAUUCAUGACUGCCAUGCUUAGGGGAAACGAGAAGCUGUGCCAGCAGCUGAUUCCAGACUUUCCCCUGGGAUGCCGCCGCAUGACUCCUGCCCCAGGCUACCUCGAGUCGUUCCAUGACCCAAAGGUCUCGCUGGUCACGACCUCGAUUAAGCGAUUCGUUCCUCAGGGCAUCGAGCUGGAGACGGGCGAGCUGAUUGAAGUGGAUGCAAUUAUAUGCGCCACAGGCUUCGACUCUUCGUUCAAGCCCCCUUUCUCCUUGGUUGGCAGGCACGGCAACUUGCAAGAUAUCUGGACCGUGGAGACGCCCAAGUCCUACAUGUCUCUUGCUGUCGCUGGCCUGCCCAAUUACUUCAGUCAGUUGAACCCCUCUUGUUGUCUGUCCGAUAUCCAACUGACACCCGACACAGAAUUCCUCGGACCGUAUGCCCCAAUUGCCCACGGCGACGUUUUCACCCUGUCGGAACACAUUGCAACGUACAUCGCAAACCUUAUCAACAAGGCGCAGUCGGAGAACAUUCGCUCCCUGGCACCCUCUCAGGCUGCUGUCGACGACUUUGCUGCUCACGUGGCGGCGUUCAUGCCCCGUACCGCCUUCUCUGGCAGCUGUCGCAGCUGGUACAAGCAGGACGAGGCUGGUACGGCCGCACCAGUCGUGGGUCUGCACCCCGGAAGCCGCAUGCACUUCAUCUCCAUGCUUGCGCGGUUCAGGGGAGAGGACUGGGAAUUCGCGUACGAGAACGAAAGCAGCGCAGCCAAGGCCAACAGGUUCGCGUAUCUGGGCAACGGCUUUACGAUGCAGGAGGCGGCCCUCUUGAAGGCGGCGGCUGCCGCCGCUGCAGCUUCUGCUGCUGCGUCUGGGAAUUGA